UCUCAGAUGCUGCCAGGGUAAGAGGGACGACACAAGGAAACAGCCAGACUCCUGCCUCGACAACGCCAUGCACCGCCCCAUCCCUUGGCUCCUGCUCCUGGUGUCCAUGGCUUCCUCUGAUGUAACGAAAUGGAAGGUGACGCACCCCGACGCCCUCUAUGCCUGGGCAGGGGCCUGCGUCUGGAUUCCCUGUGAAUACCGUACAGUGAUGCAGGGAGAGAACCUGGACAACGUCACCGUGUACCUCAACCCUGAGUUUAUCAAGGACGUCAAGGCCUUCACUGGCCACAUCCUCUAUAACACCACGAAGGUCGAGGAGGCUCCUUCUCAGCAGGGAAGGGUGCAAUUCCUGGGAGACGGAACACGUAACUGCACCCUGAGCAUCAACCCGGUGUGGGUGAAUGACAGUGGCCAGCUGGGGCUGAGGAUGAUGACAAGGACCGAGAAAUGGAUGGAGAAAAUACCCCUCAAUGUCUCUGAAAAGCCUCUCGUACCUCAGAUCCAGCUCCCUUCAGAAAUUCGGGAGUCUGAGACAGUCACCCUGACCUGCUUGCUGAAUUUCGCCUGCUAUGAGAAAGCGAUCCGGUUGCAGUGGACCCUGAACGAGGGAACUGAUUCUGUCUCAAGAUCCAUUUCCGUUGCAAACAUCUUCACUAAGAGCCAGCUCACAUUCCAGCCGCGGUGGGAGCAUCAUGGGAAGAACGUGUCCUGCCAGCUCUGGGGAGAGGAGGAGAGGCAGGUGCUCUCCCAGCAGACUGUGCAGCUCAAUGUGAAGCACCUCCCGAAGUUGAAGAUCCAAGUCAGUCCCUCUGAACCCACUGUGAAGGAGGGGGAGUCCGUGAACAUGAUGUGCAAGGUUGUCAGCAGCAACCCAGAGUCGAAAGACGUAUCCUGGUACAAGGACGGGGCCCUGAAGAGUGCGCAGCGGACCCUGACUCUGCCCGCAGUGGCCAAGGAGGACAGUGGGAAGUACUGGUGUCAGGCCUCCAGUGCCCUGGGCACAAACAAGUCAGAGGAAGUGGCCCUUGAAGUGCAGUAUGCUCCAGAGCCUUCCAGAGUUCAGAUCCUCCCGUUACCAGCUACUGAGGGAAAAAACAUAGAGAUGACUUGUAUAUCACCAGCCAAUCCUCCGCCAACAAAUUACACGUGGUAUCACAACAGGAACGAAGUGCUAGGAAAGACAGAAAAGAAAUUCCAGAUCCCAAAGGUCUUCCUCGGGCACGCAGGGACUUAUUCCUGCUUGGCAGAAAACAUUCUUGGCAUUGGAAAGAUCGGCCAAGGAGCUAAGCUGGAUGUCCACUAUCACCCCAGGAACGUGACCGUGGUGAUUCAAAACCCCACACCAAUUAGAGAAGGAGACAGCGUGACCCUUUCCUGUAACUACACUUCCAGUAACCCUGCAGUCACCUACUAUAAAUGGGACCCCCGAGGGGCCUGGACUGAGCCAUCACCCGGGGUGCUGCUGAUUCAGAAAGUCGCCUGGAAUGUGAAGAACAUCACCUGCACAGCGUGUAACGACUUGUGUUCACUGUCACAUCCUGUCAGCCUGAAUGUCCACUGUCCUUGCCCUCCAGAUGCCCCCAGAGACGUGAGGGUCCUGCAGACCAGCCCCACUUCUGAGGUUCAUUCUGGACACCGGGUCGUUCUUCAAUGUGAAUUCUCAAGCAGCUACCCCAGAGAAGUCCGUUAUAUCUGGAAGAAAAAUGGAGGAAGCUUUCUGGGAGAAGGAAAACAACUGACUUUUGACUCCGUCUCCCCUGAAGAUGCUGGAAAUUACAGCUGCUCAGUCAACAACUCCAUAGGACAGACUGCGUCAGAGGCCCGGCGCCUCCAAGUGCUGUAUGCACCCAGGAGGCUGCGGGUGUCCAUGACCCCAGCCAACAGCAUGAUGGAGGGGCAGAAGGCAGCCCUGACCUGUGAGAGCGAUGCCAACCCUCCUGUCUCCCAGUACACCUGGUUUGACUGGAAUAACCAAAACCUCCCCCAUACCGGCCAGACGCUGAGGUUGGCUCCUCUGAAGGUCCAGCACUCAGGCGCCUACCGGUGCCAGGGGUCCAACCGGCUGGGUGUGGGCCAGUCGCCUCCCAGCACCCUCACUGUCUACUAUAGCCCAGAGACCAUCGGCAGGCGAGUGGCCACGGGCCUCGGGCUCUGCCUGGCUGCCCUCAUUCUGGUCAUCUUCGGGGUCAAGCUCCGGCGGAGCUGGAAGAAGAUCCAGAGCCAGCAGGGGCUUCAGGAAAAUUCCAGUGGUCAGAGUUUCUUUGUGAGGAAUAAAAAGGUGAGAAGGGCCCCUCUCUCUGAAGGCCACCACGUUAUGGGAUGCUGCAACCCCGUGAUGGAAGACAGCGUGAACUAUGCCACCUUGCGCUUUCCUGAGACGGACACAACAGCAACUGGAGAUGCAGAGACCUCAGCGGCUCAGAGGCUCCACCAAGACAGCAGUGACAUGGUCACUUAUUCAGUGCUGCAGAGGCCUCGAGUGGGCGACUAUGAGAACGUUUCUCCGGAUUCUCCCGAGGAUGAAGGGAUUCACUACUCAGAGCUGAUUCAGUUUGGGGUUGGGCAGCGGCCUCGGGUCCAGGAAAAUGUGGAGUACGUGACUCUCAAGCACUGA